AAAUGUACAGGGUGGAAGAGGUAGAAAUAGAAAAAGGGGUAGUGAGAUAAUGAAACAGUGAUGCAAAGCGAUGAGACGAGGGCAAAUGUUGUGCAGGCACACCUGACUUUGCAUGUGGUAAAAAGCAGUUCUUCAUGGCACGUUGCGUCUUCCAGAUCAUCUGUAUUCUUAUCGUCCAUCUGUGGCUCUCACUCCUAACCACCAGUAACACAGAAGGACGUGAACCAACCUGCUUCGCAUCCAUCAGGGUGCCACGGAACUCCGUGUCGAAGGUUCAUGUAAUGGGCAAACUGAAGAUCAACUGUACUAUAAACAGGGGAACAUACUGUUGGGAAAACAUAACCACUGAAUGGUGCAAAGUUGAUUAUGAUUCUGAAUGCAAACCUUUCAACUACUCCAAUAACAUCACAAAAUUUUGGAUGAAGGUUAAUACGACUCAAAGCCAGUUGUUCCUGAUAUUCCAUAACAUAUCCAUGCAGGAUGCUGGUCUGUACAGAUGUAGGAUACAAUCACCUAUGUCCAUUGUCAGCCAUUCUAUCAAUGUCACUGUGACAGAUUAUGUUCCAGAUUGUACCACUGACUACAGCAUUGUAAGCCAAGAAAACAAUACAACAAACGGUUCCAGUCUGCUUGGUAAAAAUUCAGAAUGGCUGCAGUCCUACAUCUACAUCUACAGUGGGAUUGGGGUACUGCUCUUCAUAGUGAUUGUCGUGUGUGUAAGUGUCAUCCGGUGUCGAGCAGGACAGAAAAAAUCAAUUAAAGAAAAAAUACGCGAGAAUCAGUUCACAGCAACUCCAGUGGCUGAUCUUGCUCCACCAAUAUUAAUUCCCAGGGAGUCUCCACGUAGCAAAGCCCACGCCAAUCCACCAUGUCGACCACUACCACUCCCUACCACUCCCGCUAUCUAUGACACCCCUCCUGUCAGACUGACAUCUCUAAGAGACCGAUCAUCGAGGGGAGAACAUCCUAUCAAUCCGAGAUCACCGAGACAUUGCCACAACCGUGACACUGUGCAAGAGGAGAAAGAAGAAAAUCCUUUGAUAUAUGCCUCCCUAAAUCAUGAGGCUGUGCCACAGAGACCUGUUAAAGUUGCUCAUGUACAGAUUGAGGCAUCGGAAUAUGCUGCCAUUAAAGUCACAUAACUCUAAGUCUACCGAGAACCGAUUAGGGAUAGAUUUUGUGUUUAUUUCUCUAACUGUUAAAGCCAGUCUUGGCUCAGAACUUUACUUAAAGGAGAUACGCAGAACCUUUAUUUUUAAAUAAAUUUCUGAGUGGAUAGUAUCUCCACCCUUGACUCUUGUAUGCUGCAUAAAUGGGAAUUAAAAAUAUAUAUUUUUGAGAGUUAAAAUCGACCGCAAAGUUGGCAUUUGAGCUGCCCUGCUGAGCCAGCCAGCCCUGAGUGCGUGACGUCACUGCGGUAAUCGGUUUUAAGGCCGAGGCCUUUGACAGCUAUAGACCAAAGUCAUAUAAAUAAAAAUUUAUGGUGAAAGUAAGAAAUGCCGUUACCGACUUGCUCAACUAAGACUGAUUUGACUUCACUGAUUGUGGGUCGACUCUCAUUAAAACAGGAUAGGCAUUAUAACUUAUGCAACACACAUGUACAUGCAUGCAUUUCCACUGAUAAAAUGUAAAAGACUAAUUAAAUAAUCAGAUGAACUGAGACAAUCACAUUCUGAAGCAAAUUAAAUAAUCUUAUACCGGUAACUUAAACACACAAAAUGCAGGUAAACAACGUGUUGUUUUUGUUGUUUUAUAUCCAAAUGAAAAUCGCAGCUUAACCGUCUGUGUUCUCGCUUCGUGAAGGCCGACCUUGUGGCUGAUUGUUUUGAAACAAUCUGAUUUUCAGUUGUUCGUUCAGUUCUCCGUUCAUUCACUUCUUCCACGUAAGGGAGAGAUGGCAGCGAUAUCCAGUGAAGAAAUCAGACGGCUGCUCCACUCGUUCUCCAUUUUCUCCAUAUUGAGUACUCCACCAUUACUGCUCGGCUCAGGCAAUUACUAAAACCUGGGAUGGGACGGAAUGUCACCGAUUUUAGUAACAACCACAGGGAGGUCACUGCCCGAGCGAUAUGUCUUGUCACGUUCUGUCCCAGAUUUUACCAAUAAACCUCGGCUCACACUCCGGGAGAACUGGUGCAAUUGAACUUACUUUCCUUUUUAAAAAAAUAAAUUAAAUAAAUGCUUUUCUUUUCUUUAAUUGUUGGUACUGCACCCUCUUUCAAUACAGGCUUAUAGCCAAUGCUCCUCAAUGGAUCAGAGGUCUUGUACGAGUCUUCAGUAAAAUGUGCAGAGCAGAGCAGAAACCACUUCAUAGGCGCCCAACAUGCCCGUGAACUUCUCACAAAAUGCCUCCAAAUCUUUGCAGUUUGAACAUUCUUGGGCCAUGAAUACAACAUAAAUCCACCUUCUGUUGUGUUGCUGGCACAUCUACUGUACAUGGCAUGGCGAUGAAUUAGCUCAAAAUGGAGGAUCGGAGUUGCAGUCAGCUCUGUGAUUUAGUAUAGCGGAAAUGGUGAUGAGACCGAUAAACUUCCUGCUGUGACGUUACGGACAUCAAGGUCAUUCACUCAGACCGCUACCUAUAUGAAUCACUUUAAACAUAAAAAUGACUAUAUUAGAUUUAUUGUGAAUGCUUAAAACUAUUUCUGUAACAUUGUUGAGGUCUCAAGGCAUUUAUAAACAAAAGUGAGGUCAUGGUUCUGCAUAUAUGCUUUAAGUACUUUGCUGUAGGCCUAUUGGUUGACUGCACAGGAACCAUAGGCCUAUUUGUUAACUAAAUUCUGUUUAUUUACAAUAUUCAUACAUUGCUUGUGACAAUGUGCUUAAUGUGGAAUGAGAUCAAGUUGUCAGUGAUGACUAAGUUAAAACCAAGGUUCAUUCCACCCGUGACUGUGAUCCAUACCAACUACAACCAUGAUCCAGGUCAAACAAGAAUGUCAAGUCAAUUUAUUUGUAUAGCGUUUUUAACAAUGGACAUUGUUGCAAAGCAGCUUUACAGGAAAAUAAAGAUUUUAAACAUAUAAACGAAUAAAUUUAUGCCUAAUGAGCAAGCCUGAGGUAAUGUGGCAAGGAAAAACUCUGAGAUGACAUGAGGAAGAAACCUUGAGAGGAACCAGACUCAAAAAGGAACCCAUCCUCAUUUGGGUGAUAAGAUAGCGUGAUUAUAAAUAACUUGCUCCUAUAACUUGUGUCCUAUAUAGUCACAAAGUAUAAUUGUGUAACCAGGAAAUUCAUUAUAGUUUUAACAUGAAGUCCAUUUUGUUGAAGUUAUCAAAUGCGGUCCAUACUAACCAACCAUACUAACCGAACCAAAACUAAGACCCAUAUCAACCAAAACCAUGGAAAGACCAAGAUUUAUAACCAAGGCAACAUCAAGGCCCAUACCAACUGAGCACAUGAAAAGACCCAAGUACAUACAACUGAGCUCAAGGCAAGACCAAGGUCCAUACCAACCGAGAUCAAGGCAAGACCAAGGUCCAUACCAACCGAGAUCAAGACAAGACCAAGGUCCAUACUUACCGAGAUCAAGACAAGACCAAGGUUCAUACCGACCAAGAUCAAGACAAGACCAAGGCUCAUACCAGCUGAGAUCAAGACAAGACCAAGGCUCAUACCAGCUGAGAUCAAGACAAGACCAAAGUCCAUGCCAACUGAGAUCAAAACAAGACCAAAGUCCAUACCAAAUAAGACCAAGACAAGAUGAAGGUCCAUACCAACCAGUCUUAUCUCAUAUUGGCUGAAUAUUGUCUUGGUCAUGACAAUAAGUCUUAAACAUGAAGAAUGAAAUUAUGUACAUGUCUUGCCUUAGUUUUUAGUUGGUGUUAUUCUUGGUCAGUACAGGCCUGGGUUUUGUCCUGGUCUCGGUUGGUAAUGGUCUUGGUAGAAUUGUAUCUCCUCUCUCAUUUAUCAUGCGAUUUCAGUUCUGAUCAAUGUUUUGGGUAGAUCUUCCCUUUGGGGAACAAAAUUUAAUCCAUUUUCCUGUUGUAAACAAUUUGUCAUGGAGGUUGGUCCUCUCUCACAUUGUGACAUUUCAGUUCUGUUUGAUGGUUUGGUCGUCAUUGUUUUGAUGGCAGGCCAGAUGAACGACUCUGUCCUUGACGCUCUGGUUCUGUUGAUUAUCUUUUCCUUCCCCUCUCUCUAACUUAAUUUUUCAUUGUCAGAACUAAUACCUCUGUCAGUGGUAACACAACUGUCUACUGUGCUUCUCAGGUGUGACAAACAUUUUUAAGGACAAUCUGGAAAGUUUUGGAUAUUCGCUGAUGAAUAGUAGCCUAUAAGUAUUCCUGGUUGGAUUCAGACUUGCACAGUUAAGAUAUGGAAAUCUGAAUAUGAAUGAAAGAAGUCACAGAACAUCAUAACAGAAAGGACACACAGUAAAAUACAUGCACUUAUGUAAAUAAGUCAUAGCACUAUGACCAUAGCAUCUCGGGUAGUGUGAGUUUAUGAAAGCUUGUGUGCUUUAUUUUAGUCUUUGUUUGCUCCUCGUAUCAUGAAAUCCCAGUGGGACUUUCCGUGUGUUUUUAACAAGCAUGCCAUUCAGAAAUGCUGCAGUUCUGAUGAAUAAAAUACCCCAUAACACUUACAUAAGCACCAGACAGUCCAGCACACAGAAGCAAUUACUGUAGUGGUCUUGUGAGCCAGUGCUUGGCGACCUCAGAUGGUGUGAAAAUGAGUGUGAAUGGUUGGUUGUCUCUAUGUGUCAGCCCUGCGAUGAUCUGGCAACUUGUCCAGGGUGUACCCCACCUCUCGCCCAUAGUCAGCUGGGAUAGGCUCCAGCUUGCCUGCGACCCUGUACAGGAUAAGCGGCUAUAGAUAAUGGAUGGAUGGAUGAGAUAAGACCAAGAUCAGGAUACAGUGACCUCAAGAAAGAUCUUGGUCUUGAGACUAGCAUUGUAGAAAUCAUAAAAAACGGCCAUGGAUUUCCAAAUAAAUGAUAUUUGUGUGACGUGAA